UGCGCCAUGAGACCGACAAACACCUUCAGCCCCCAUCAUCCCAUGCUGUAUCAUAUCGUCCUGCUCGUUUACCCCUCGGGAUUUGACUGAGGACCACAGCCCCAAAUGCCCCCCCCCGAAUGCCCCCGCGAUGCGAUGCGAUGUGAUGCGUCACGGCCAUGCCGCUGCAGUGCUCUGAGGCACAGAUACUCUACCAUAUGACAUUUGACUGCGUACAGUCGGAUGCUACGGAUGAUGAUGACCAUGCCACGAUCCCACAGGCUCGGAUCCUUAUUGACCGAUAUCUUAUCAGCCGCCUCCUACCAAACCUCAGCCACGAAACACACGGAUCACGCUGUCAAGAUACGGACAAAGUUCGGUUCCGAGACUGAGGACUGGGGACUCGAGAUCAUCACCAGCUGUUUGCUCAGCUGUAAUAGACGUUAUUACAAUCCACCACAAGAGUAUACGGGAUGGCAAGGGAAGAUGGCAACUCAAAGCUCGCUGCAAGGCAAAGCACCUCGACCCGUUGCUCUUGCAUAUUUCUUUUCUUCUUCUUCCUCUUUUUUUUUUUGUUUUUUUUUUUUUUUACUGUGGUUUUACCGACUCACAUCUUGCGUGCGUUUUGAUGUACAGAAUCGGGCUUGUCCUGUAUAAGUAUAUGUCCUCCCUGGUGCUCAGAGAGGAGAUUGACCGUUGCCAAUCUCCCGAGUUUUCGGUAUGCAUAAGUAGUCAUAGAUACAGCAGACAUCAAGGUUGACAUACUUCAAGAAUCUGAUUGAUACACUAGC